GAUACGGGACGAGGAGAGGAGAGCAACAGCGUAAGCGACUAGCGCGCGCUGUGGUGUGUGUCGGUCGGUCGGUCGGUCGGUCGUCGCCGCCAUGCUAGUGGUUAGUUUAGUGAACCAAACAUCAUGAUGUGGCAAAACGUUCGCACGAGCUAAGACUGAAAUAACGCCGCGUUACCGGCGCGCCGUCGUUAUGUUAUCCAUAAUAACUCACGACGUUCGAUAAGCGUAAACACGUAACGUGAAAAGUACAAAAUAGCUUGGUAAAAGCUCUAAGGCAACAGCGGCGACGAAACUGUCGAGGUGCUCGAUUCUUGCGUGCAGAACCGCACAACACUACGUCAAUCCCGAUGUAAAUUAAAGUCAAAUCAUACAUCUGAGCAAACGUUACGGAAUAAUCAUCGUCACGGUACACGCUAGGAGUGACGAGUGCCAACGAUCAGCCUCCAUCGCGCGGCAAGGAGACGAUCACGAAUCGUAUACACGAUGCUGGAUCCAAGUGUAUUAACGGAUUUAGAGGAACUGACGCUUUGCAGUUAUUGCAAGCAGAAGUAUAACGACGCGGAACAAUGCCCAAAAUAUCUUAGUUGCAAGCAUUACUUUUGUCUGCGUUGCAUAGAGAAUAAUUUCUUAAAGGGACGUGAGUUGUUUUGCGCGCACUGUUGGAAGAGGACAGACCUGGGUGAUCAAGGACCAGACGCUCUACCGACGCAUUCUUCUCUCCUUGUACUAACGAACAAUCUGUCUCACUUAAAAAUUACCACGAACAACACAUCUGGAAAGACGAACGACAAGGAGAGAAAGAGUGAGAAUUGUCACACGCACGGAAUGCCUCUGGCAUUAUGGUGUGCAACAUGCUGCACAGCACUUUGUAGAGCAUGUGCCACUCCACAGGAACAUCCAGGUCACCAGAUAAAAUCGCAAACUGAUGCCAAAGAACAGCUCAUAUCCGACGUUCAAUUGGAGUUAGUUGCUAUGGGAAAGUUAUCGACCGAGAUUCAAAGACUGGCUAUGCAACAACGAGAAUUUUUAAUAAAAGUGUUGGAAGCUUGUGUAACGUUGAAAACGCACGUCGAGACUGAUCUUCAGAAUGGCUGGAGUCAUUUUCCCGAGAUAACGGACGCACGGGAAACACUUGGGAAAGCGAAAGCUAGUCUGCAGAUGAUCGACAGUCCUAGCGAUGUAUACAGUUUGCAUUCACAACUCAUAAUAGAGAAACAAAGAUUGCAAUCGAAGUAUCAAGAAAUGAUGUUGCAGUGCCAGCUCGACGAUUUAAUUGGGAACUCGGGUGUGGUGUUUGAUUUUGCAUUACUAAAACAAGCGUUAGCUGGAAUCCACACGGGGGAACCGAUCGUUUCUCAAGGGACGAGUAACGGUGGUCGAUUGCCCAAUCAUUUGGCGGCUUCUCAAAACCCGAUAUUGUUCCUUGCAAAUUAUUGCAUGUCACAGCUGUAUUCGAGACAUGUAGUUAGUAAACAACAUCUGCAAAACGGUUCUAUUGAGUACCAUUCGAGCAUGAUGCAGCCGCAACCAGCUCCACCGGGCUCCGUUCAUGUACAUCAAGGUCCACCGCCGCCGGGAACCCCGCAGCAACUUCUCAUUCCACCUGGUUCGCCGUCCGUUAAACCCGUUCCGCCCGCACCUCCGAACGCGAUGCUACAUCCUCAACAACAAUCGACAUUUAUACCGGAAGGAGUCGGUACUGGUGGCGGAAGUUUGGUAACCGUCCACUCGUCCUCUCAACCGCCGUCCAGCGGAAUAGCAGCAUCCCUUCGGGGACCUUCGAAUCCUUAUCCUCUAUAUUAUUUCAAUAUCGAAGUGAACGGAUCUCCACAUGGCCGUAUCGUGAUAGAAGUGAAGCCAGAUGCAGCGCCGAAAAUGGCCAAAAAUUUUAAUGUACUUGCAACCGGUGAAGUUGGAGUCGGUUACAAGGGUUGCACUAUAUUUCAGUGUUGGGAGGGUGAAUCCGUAAUCACUGGUGAUUUCGAAUUGAACAAUGGUCGCGGAGGAAGAAGCAUAUUUGGGGAUGGAUAUUUUAUGCCGGAUGACACGAAAUUUCCUGCAGUAAGAGGAGCAGUCGGAAUGCGGAGAACGCAAAAACGGCACGAUAAUCUCGGUAUGGUGGGUUCACAGUUUCGUAUAAUACUGCAAGAGAUGCGCGGAUUCACCGGAAUUUUUGGCCACGUUGUCGAAGGUUUAGAAUUAGUUGAGAAGAUAUCUACAUUUGGCGAUCAAACGGGCAAGCCUACGAAGAAUAUUCUAAUUACGAAAUGCGGUAAAUUGUAACGACAACACUAUUGCGGUUAGUAUACCGAAGGGUAAUCAAGUAUUACCCGUAUACUUCACGUUUUCCCGUUCUAGACAACUAAAAAAAAGUUUUACUAGUUCGCGACGGUAUCUCUAACGCGUUCGAUAUAGGGGAAUGGGGUGUUUCGUUAAACAAGAAAUCACGUAUAUAUAAUAUUUGACGAUAAAUGAUAUUAUUAUAUGUUGAGAGAUACCAUCACGACCAUAUAGCUCCAUGAAUCGCGAUGCUCCGUAUGAGUCACACAAUUUAAUUAACUAUUAACAAUAGAAUUCUAAAGAUGUUGAAUCUAUUUUUAAACGUGGACGCAUAAGAGAAGAAAGAAGAAAUAAAGAUCCAUAUUUUACUAUUGAUUGGGAAUCAAUAAGAUUCUGUAUCUACAAUAACGACGAUGAUCGAUAAUACGUACCUCAUAAUCGAUCGUGAUAUCGAUACGACUUCUAGCUGUACAUUUGUUUUAGAAAAAGUUCGGCGUUUAUUUUGGCUAUUGGCAUAUUGCUACGUAUAGUUGAUAUAGAGGGGAUCGCACGGGAUUUAAGAAGUGCCGUGGUUAACGGUAUCGCCCUACGGGGGGUUGUUAAUGUGUUAGGUCUUAGAUAGUAAAAACAAAAACAAGAAAAAAAAAACGUGUAGAUGAGGAAUAAGUACGGAAAGUGGGGCAAACUUGUAUGUAUGUAUAUAUACAUACAUUCAUAUAUUUGUAAAAAAAAAGCAA